CGACCUGUUUGUUUGCUUAAGCUGAGGGCAUAAUAACAUCGUCACUUCAUCGUUGUCAAGCAACACCAGAAUGCCAUUAGGGGGCAAAUUAGUCCUGAAGGGCGGCGCAACCUUAAAGGAGCUACAAGGGGUGGAGAAAAAGAAGGGCAAGAAAGUUAAAAAAAAGGAAGAAGGCGGGGAAGAAGUCGACGGUGGCCUACACGAGGCGCCCCCUCUGGACCCGACAAAGCCCAAACCGGUGGCUGCAACGGCUGUCAACGUCAUGAGCGGCAAGACGUACGAGGAGGAGUUCGAUUUAGAGACCAAGCGUGUCAAGGAGGGCAAAGCCAGGAGCACGCCGUGGGGCUGUGGUUACCGCGCCCCACCUGCCAUUCUGCACGGCUAUACCGCCAAGGUCACCGGCAAAACAGCCGAGGAGCGCCUGGACCUUCGGGCGGCGUCUAAGAGCGACAAGUUCUGCAAGUAGUCGCCUUCCGGCUUCGCACAUGCCGCGGGGCCAGGGAGAACUCUGGACUGGGCUUUGCAUUUUGCCUUUACCGGGACAGUCGCACGCACUUAGAUUACGAUGUCCAAGACCGGGCCAGCCCACUAACUCAAUGUCCCUGGAAGAGUGGCAAUUGCAGGUAAGCCUGGCUAACCGGCCAGGUGUGGAAAGGUCCUUCAGGUUUUCGCUCGUGUCCGGCUCAUGCGUAAUGCUCCCCUUGCGAUGGCACCGUUUGCGGUUGGAAGAUCUCCUUCAACGCCUCGCGAAAGGGGGUGGUGCGGAAAUGCAGCCCGUCUGUCAAGCG